CUUACCUGCAGGCCUUGCCCUUACCUGAGGUCACAUGACCUCCUCCUAGGGCCUCCCUGACUCCAGCCAGUUCAUGCCUCAUUUCCUCUCAGGGCUCAGAAGGGAGAACACAGUGUGUUAAUGUGUCUCAGCUCUGGGAGAACAACAGGCUGCCUGAAAAGUUGACAAACUUGUUUGUUAGGUGUGACACCCCGGCGAGGGAGGGAGUCAUUGGUUUCAUGGAUUAGGUGUACAAAAACAGCUCUGCCAUUGUCUCCUAUGGAAGAGAAUCAGGGGCUCCAUUAACUGGGUCCCAGAAAAGAGGAAGGAAGAGGAGGUAAUCGGGGAGCUACGACAGGCUCUUAUCCCCUCUCAGAAUGGAUACAGAUUAUGACUCGACCUACGAGGAUGAAUCCCAUGUGCCAAAUGAUGAUGUCGUUCCGUACAGCGAUGAUGAAACUGACGACGAACUGGACCAUCCCCAGACUGAGGAGCCUGAGCAGAACCGGAGAAAUGUAGAGACAGAGCAGAGCCAGGAACCUGUAAUUAAAGAAUGUUCCUGGCAAGUAAAAGCAAACGAUCGGAAUUUCUAUGACCAGCCACAAUUCAAGAAGAAAGCAUUCUUGUGUCUUAAGAAAAGCAAAUAUGCAGGAAAUUCAAUCAAGACGUACAAAUACAACCCAAUCACAUUCCUGCCAAUUAAUUUAUAUGAACAAUUCAAAAGAGCUGCCAAUGCCUAUUUCUUGGUGUUACUCAUCCUUCAGGCUAUUCCCCAAAUAUCCACCGUCUCAUGGUCAACCACCUUGAUUCCUCUGUUGCUGGUGCUGGGGAUAACUGCCAUCAAAGAUCUUGCGGAUGACAUUGCCCGGCAUAAAAUGGACAAUGAAAUAAACAAUCGCCCUUCUGAAGUAAUUGUGGAUGGAAGGUUUAAGAAGACAAAGUGGAAAAAUAUCUGUGUUGGAGAUAUCAUACGUAUUAAAAAAAAUGAAUUUAUUCCUGCAGAUGUAUUGUUACUGUCAAGCUCGGAUCCCAAUAGCUUGUGCUAUGUAGAGACUGCAGAGCUGGACGGGGAAACAAACUUGAAAUUUAAAAUGUCGCUGGAAUCAACUGACAAAUAUCUCCAAGGCGAAGAAGAUCUGGCCGGGUUUGAUGGUUUGGUGGAAUGUGAGGAACCAAAUAACAGAUUGGAUAAGUUCAUUGGUACCUUGUUCUGGAGAAACAGAAGUUAUGGCCUUGAUGCUGAUAAAAUUCUGCUUCGUGGUUGCACUGUCCGAAAUACAGAAUACUGUCACGGAUUGGUCUUAUUUGCAGGUGCCGAUACCAAGAUUAUGAGAAACAGUGGGAAAACCACAUUAAAGAGAACAAAAAUUGACUAUCUAAUGAAUUACAUGGUGUACACGAUAUUUGUACUUCUGAUCUUGGCGGCUGCUGGACUUGCCAUAGGACAAACAUUUUGGGAAGCACAACUAGGUGCCGCUAAUGUUUCCUGGUAUCUUAAUGAUGGGAAAGACUAUACUCCCUCAUAUCGAGGAUUUCUUGCGUUUUGGGGUUACAUCAUUGUAUUGAACACCAUGGUACCUAUUUCUCUUUAUGUUAGCGUUGAAGUUAUUCGUUUGGGUCAGAGUUACUUUAUCAACUGGGACCUUCAGAUGUACUACAGUGCGAAGGAUACGCCAGCCAAAGCGAGGACUACUACUCUAAAUGAACAGCUCGGUCAGAUCAAAUAUAUCUUCUCCGAUAAGACUGGGACAUUGACACAGAACAUUAUGACAUUUAAAAAAUGCACAAUUAAUGGGAACACUUAUGGAGACAAUACAGAUGAUGAAAUAAAGUCAAGCCAUAGCAAGGUGGACUUCAGUUGGAACCCAUUGGCUGAUCCCAGCUUUACAUUUCAUGACAACUAUCUGAUUGAGGAAAUCCGGUCUGGAAAAGACAAAGACGUUUAUCAGUUCUUCAAGUUACUCGCUCUGUGCCACACCGUGAUGGCAGAGAAGACAGAUGGGGAACUAAUCUACCAGGCCGCAUCUCCAGAUGAAGGCGCUUUGGUUACAGCAGCCAGGAACUUUGGUUUUGUAUUCCUAUCGAGAACCCAGAGUACAAUCACCAUAAGUGAACUGGGGCAAGAGAAGACUUAUGAAGUUCUGGCCAUCCUGGAUUUUAAUAGUGACCGAAAACGAAUGUCUAUAGUAGUGCGAGAGCCUGGUGGCAGAAUCCGCCUUUACUGCAAAGGGGCAGAUACGGUGAUAUAUGAACGCCUACAUCCAGAUAAUCCUGUCAAAGAUCAGACACAGAAGGCACUUGAUAUUUUUGCUAAUGCCAGCCUGAGGACCCUCUGCCUUUGCUACAAAGACAUCAGCAAAGGGGACUUUGAGAUCUGGAACAAGAAAUUCAAUCAAGCCAGUGUAGCUACAAGCAACCGUGAUGAAGCGCUUGAUAAAGUCUAUGAAUUGAUUGAAACAGACCUAAUGCUAUUGGGAGCUACAGCUAUUGAAGACAAGUUGCAGGAUGAUGUGAGCAGCACAAUAUUCAACUUGGCCCGUGCUGAUAUAAAGAUCUGGGUUCUUACUGGGGAUAAAAAAGAAACUGCAGAAAACAUUGGAUAUUCUUGCAAACUCUUAGAUGAUGAUACUGAAAUCCUCUAUGGAGAAGAUAUUACCGCUCACUUACAGACCCGAAUGGAGAAUCAGAGAAACCAAAUGGCUGGGAAUCAAGGAGCAACUCUAGGCAACCAAGUGGGACCCUAUUUACCUUCUGAUAAAAAACAUGCACUAAUCAUAACCGGUUCCUGGCUGAAUGAAAUUCUUCUUGAGAAAAAGAAAAGGAAAAAGAAACGUCUGAAGCUAAAAUUUCCCAGGACCAAAGAGGAGAAAGAGCAGCAGCUGGCGGACAAACUGAAAGCCUAUGCAGUGAAAGAGAAGAGGCAGAGGAGCUUUGUUGAUUUGGCCUGUGAGUGCAAUGCCGUUAUCUGCUGUAGAGUGACUCCCAAGCAAAAGGCCAUGGUGGUUGAUCUGGUGAAGAGAUACAAAAAAGCUGUUACAUUGGCUAUUGGAGAUGGUGCAAAUGAUGUUAACAUGAUUAAGACUGCCCAUAUUGGUGUCGGUAUAAGUGGACAGGAAGGAAUGCAAGCUGUUAUGUCCAGCGACUACUCCUUUGCCCAAUUCAAAUACCUUCAAAGACUUCUACUGGUUCAUGGGCGCUGGUCGUAUAUACGCAUGUGCAAAUUCUUACGCUAUUUCUUCUACAAGAAUUUCUCGUUUACAUUGGUUCACUUCUGGUACGCUUUCUUCAAUGGAUUUUCAGCCCAGACUGUUUAUGAGGAUUGGUUCAUAACACUCUACAAUGUUCUGUACACCAGUCUUCCUGUUCUCCUGGUUGGCUUGUUGGAUCAGGAUGUGAGUGACAAGCUGAGCCUUGCAUUUCCUAAUUUGUACAUACCUGGACAGAAAGAUUUGCUCUUCAACUACAAGAAAUUCUUUUUGAGUCUGUUUCACGGCAUUGUUACGUCGCUCAUUAUUUUCUUCAUUCCAUACGGAGCUUUCCUGUUAACCAUGGGGCAAGAUGGAGAAGCACCUUCGGAUUACCAGUCGUUUGCGGUCACAACUGCCACGGCGCUCGUCAUAACGGUCAAUUUCCAGAUUGGGUUGGACACGUCAUACUGGACUUUUGUCAACGCGUUCUCAAUCUUUGGAAGUAUAGCAAUAUACUUUGGAAUAAUGUUCGAUCUCCACAGUGCUGGAAUCCAUGUUCUCUUACCAUCCAUGUUCAUCUUUACAGGUGCUGCUCCAAAUGCUUUAAGGCAACCGUAUCUCUGGCUCACUAUAAUCCUUACAGUCGGUGUCUGCCUUCUGCCAAUCGUGGCUUUAAGGUUCUUGGUAAAGACAAUUUGGCCCUCAGAAAGUGAUAAGAUUCAAAAGAAAGGCAAAAAAUUCAAAGCGGAAGUUGAGCAGAGGGCGAAACCCAAACCUUUUACACGUGGUGUGUCUACUCGCCGCUCGGCUUACGCCUUCUCCCACCAGCGCGGAUACGCCGACCUCAUUUCCUCAGGGCGCAGCAUCCGGAAAAAGCGAGCAUCUCUGGACGCUGUAUUCGACAACUAUCCUGCCCAAAUGACUCAGUACACGCCACAUACUUGAUUAUACUUUUACCAAAACUGGGGUGUUCUUUUUUUUGGUUUUUUUUUUUUAAUACCCAAAUAAUUGCACAUGUGAAAUGGUAUGUUGUAAUUUUUUAUGGAAAAGACCUUUUCCCUCAGGAUUUUUUUAAGCAAAGUUACAUUUAAUAGAAUGAUAUUUUUCUAUAUCUGCAAACAAAUCUUCAUUCUUCUUAAGGGCUUGAUGGGACAACAAAGUUGAAGUGCACAUGGAAGAAAAUAUAGCACUAAUAUAAGGAUCUCAUGGGCAUGAGAAGAUACUGGUGUCUGUUUUUUUUUUUUACUGUUGAACCACUAAAGUGAGUCCAGAAACCACUCGGAACAGGGUUUAUACUAAACGUGGCCUUGCCAUGGACGCUUUAUGUGGACUGUGAAAUUUUUGUUUACUCUUCAGCCGUUGCCUAUUUAAUGUUGCUAAUAAAUUGUAGUUAAGGUAUGUUUUCUUUUUCUACUGUAGAAAUGGUUCUUUCGUGCCAGAAAAAAAAUGUUAUCUGGAUUCUCAAUGGUCUGAAAAGCCUUUUUAAAAAAAUUUUUUUUUUUUUAUCUCUGUUGGAAAUUCUCCCUUGUUUUUAGAACCCUAUUACAGGAGGACACAAGGCAUAUUUAUUUCUAUUGAUUAAACAAUGGAAAACUUUCACUGAACUGUGAGAAACUGGUUAAAAUUGUGGUAAAAUAAAACUUGCUGGGACCUUGUUAGUUCUGCAUGAAAAGUGUUCUCCCUUCACUUCUAAUCGAAUGAAAUGAUUGUGGCAUUACAAGUGGCUUUCUGAUCAGGCUCGAGCCAACAGUAAGCGGCAUUAGCUCCAGAGAGUAACGUCGCUAAACCUACAACACUGCCAUUCCGAUCUCAAGAUUUACGGGAUGUCUUCGUUAUUUUUAAAGCUUUGUCUUAUUGUAUAAAAUACAUUUUAUUUAAAAAUAAAAGUUAAAUAGACGCAUCAAGGCUGUGCUUUGGAGGCCACAGACCACA